AUGCUCGAAAGCCAUUUGAUGCUAUACUCCAUCUUCCUGCUCACGACGUUCAUAGUCACCAUUGCCAUGCCGAACUUGCUAGUUGCAGUCAUCAGUGACACGUAUGCGCGAGUGAGCGAAACAAUGGCAGCGACAUUGGCACAGGCUCGUGCCAGAAGGAUUGUGGAGCUGGAGACAACCUACGGCUUUCUAAGGCCGACGAUGGAUUCGUCCAGGGAGUUCUUGAUGUGGCUGAAUCCAGAUGCGCAGACAGAUGCCAAGGAAACUUGGCAGGGGCAGGCCCAGCUGGCUGACCUGACUUCUCGCAUGCAAGCCCUGAUCGAGCAGUCGUCAAACGACAUGCUUGAAAAUUUGAAUUCGACUAUAGGGCGAGAAGCUGCAUCUACAAACUCCAGGUUGGAGGGUGUGGAAGCCCAAGUGGAACAAUCCUUGAGCAUGUUAAAGCGCCUGGUCUCAUCUCAGGAACUGACGGAAUCCUUGGGCCUGCUGCGGCGCAUAAACUCAUCUCUAUCUCAGUAUGGCUCGGAAUCCAGCCUGUGA